GGUAGCACCAGAUAAGUCGCGAGAGGAAGCAUAAAUCCUGUCGUUUGCCUUAAGGACCACCUUGGUUAAAGAUGGUCCGGAGUGGGAAAAAUGGUGAACUUCAUCUUAAGCAGAUUUCAUAUUAUAAACAAACUGGUGAAUAUCAUCCAACUACACUGCCAAGUGAGAGAAGUGGUAUAAGAAGAGCAGCAAAAAAAUUUGUAUUCAAAGAAAAAAGACUAUUUUAUGUUGGAAAAGACAGAAAACAAAGUCGUUUGGUAAUUGCUUCAGAAGAAGAAAAGAAGAAAGUACUGAGAGAAUGCCAUGAAAAUGACACUGGAACUCAUCAUGGCAUAUCCAGGACCCUCACACUAGUGGAAUCCAGCUACUAUUGGACUUCGGUGACCAAUGAUGUCAAACAGUGGGUAUAUGCAUGUCAGCAUUGCCAAGGGGCAAAAAAUCCAGCUAUUUUCACAUCCAAACAGCACCUUCUCAAAGUGGAAAAUCCAUGGAGUAUAGUUACUGUUGAUCUGAUGGGACCUUUUCAUACAAGUAACAGAAGUCAUGUAUAUGCUAUAAUCAUGACAGAUUUGUUCACAAAAUGGGUUGUGAUUUUACCUCUAUGUGAUGUUUCAGCAUCUGAAAUUUCUAAAGCUAUUAUCAAUAUAUUUUUCUUAUAUGGACCUCCUCAGAAAAUCCUGAUGGAUCAAAGAGAUGAAUUCAUUCAUCAGAUCAAUGUCGAACUAUAUGGAUUGUUUGGCACAAAGCAAAUUGUAAUUUCUCAUGCCUCUCGAACUGUUGAUCUCACUGAAAAUACUCCUAGCAUAAUCAAAGCAUUUCUCUCCAAACACUGUGCUGACCACCCAAACAACUGGGAUGAUCACCUAUCAGCUAUUUCAUUUGCCUUCAAUAUAACUCACCUGGAGCCUGCUAAAAAUACACCAUAUUUUCAGAUGUUUAAUCGAAAUCCUCACAUGCUUGAGACUUCAGAUAGUCUUCAUGAAGUGGAUGGUGAUAAUACAAGUAUGUUUGUCAAAAUUCUAGAAGCAAUUAAAGAAGCUGAUAAAAUAAUUGCGGAAAAGACAACUUCAGCGGGCCAGAUGGAGAACAACAAUUUUGAAGUGAAUAAAAACAAGAUCGUUGUUAAAAAGAAACCAAAGCAGCUAAAUCCAUUUCAUCUAAAAGUGGGACAUGAAGUUUUAAGACAAAGGAAAAAUUGGUGGAAAGAUGGUCGUUUCCAAUCUGAAUGGGUUGGUCCUUGUGUUAUAGACUAUAUUACAGAGAGUGGGUGCGCAGUCCUGAGAGACAACACUGGGGCUAGACUUAAAAGACCUAUCAAAAUGUCUCAUCUUAAGCCCUAUGUAAGAGAACCAACUGAACAAGACAAUCUUUAUUUCUUACAAGGUUCAAUAGUAGCAGAUCAUGAUUAUAUCGGGUUAUCUGAAAUUCCAGUUGGAGCAUAUCAAGCAAAUAUUCUGGUAGAAGAUACAACUAUUGCUGUAGUUGAUAGUGAAUUGCUGACAUCAACCAAGGAUCGUGAACUACUAGAAUAUAGAAAUUCCAAAAUCUCUCCAUUGAUAGAAGACCAUGGCACUUUCGAAAAACAGACUUUCAGUCUGUUGGAUUCUUCAAACCAAGUCCUUGAAUACUUAAGUUAG